AUGAUUUGUAACGCCUGUCGUCGCGCUGCGAUGCGCACACGCCUUCCUAUGCGAUCCCUCCUCCGAGCUCCCACAGUCUCUCGCUCAACAACGCCCUUCUCUAUCCGCCAACCCGCUCGUCUCCUCUCAACGUCUCUCCCCCGACGGUCCUCCCCAGCUCUCGAGGAAGAACCCGAUCUCCCCUCAAUGACACCCGCCGAAUCCGCCAUUGCCAAAAUCCUCGCAGAGAAACUCUCCCCGAGCGAGCUGCUCGUCCAGGACGUCUCGGGCGGUUGUGGAAGCAUGUACGCCAUCGAUAUCACAUCCGCAGCCUUCAAGGGCCAGACAAUCCUCAAGCAGCAGCGUAUGGUGAAUGCUGCAUUGGGUGAUCUCGUCAAGGGCUGGCACGGCGUGCAGAUCCGGACAAAGGUUCCCCAAGAUGCGUAA